GAUAACUUCAAAAAAGUAGAUCUAACUUUAACAUUUAUAGUUUAUCUAUACAUAUUAUUUACUGGUCUGAUUUAAAGUAGCCGUAGUGAUGUGCAAAAACCUUACUGCAGACGUACUGAAGUGAGAUACAUAACAGUUACUAACUCGAGUCUCUAGCCAAUUACACUGUGGCCGAAGAAUAAGUCUGAGAACCAAUCCAUCAACAUGUGGAAACAAGUCAUAAAGGAGUUACUGCUAAUUGCAAUGAUUGGUUUUAUCACCUGUGAUAAUUUAACUAUUCAUACAGUAGAUAUUCCAUUGAGUUCAUCUCCCAUAAGCCCGACUGUGGAUGAACCAAACACCUUAUUAGGAAAUGAUGAUGUCAUUCUUGUGCUGUCACCUGGCAAAAUGGAAGGUUUGGUAGAAAAUCAUCAAAGAGAUGUAUUGGUUAAUUAUACAUUUGUGACCAAUGCUAAACAUAGUAUUUAUAACAUGCAAAUAGAUGUUGCUAAACCACAAGGACCAGAUAUCGUCAUGGUGAUGGGAAAUACUUCAUUCCUGUUAGAAAAUAUGCCUUUUGGGUCAAACAUGUCAGUUAGUUUCACACUGCGUGGACUAUUCCUUGGUAGAACCAGAUUAAGUUUGAACCUUCAACCAGUUGGACUUGCAACAUCAUCUAGCACUGAUGGGUACUCUAUUGACAAUGCCCCACAGCAAAGACAGUUGGCUGCAACCUACCAUGUAUCAGUGAUUCGUCAAAUCCGUGCCUUAGAUACAAUAUUCACUAUCGUGAUUAUAUUACUCGUAUGCAUCGCUCAAAUUGCUAUGGGCUGUAAAGUUGAUUUGGAUGAUUUCAAGGUCAUAAUGAAGCGCCCAAUUGCGCCAAUCAUUGGCUUCUGCUCACAGUAUGGUUUUAUGCCUGUGCUGGCUUUUGGUAUAGCCAAACUGAUGAAGUUGGACAGUAACUUGGCUCUUGGAUUCUUUGUGAUGGGAUGUGCGCCUGGAGGUGGGGGUAGCAACCUGUACACAUACUUGCUGGAUGGGGACAUUGGAUUGAGCAUUGCCAUGACUCUCAUUAGCACAGUUGCUGCACUAGGAAUGAUACCAUUAUGGUUGUUCACACUGGGAAGGCAGUUUAUCAACAAUAUUGAUGGUCUCAGAAUCCCUUUUGAGAACAUAAUUGGUACUCUCUUCCUGAUAGUCAUCCCAGUCACCAUUGGAAUUCUAAUCAAACGCAAGAAACCAGUAUGGGCAAAAAAAAUUGAAAAAAUUACCCGUCCUAUCUUUGUAAUUCUUAUCAUCUUUAUAUUUACAAUUGGUAUUUAUGCAAACCUGUACAUAUUCAAAUUAUUUUCUUGGAGAAUAAUGAUCGCAGGUGCAUUACUGCCAUAUUGCGGUUUUAUUCUUGGUGGUCUUCUUGCAUUUAUCUGUCGUCAGCCGUUUGAUAAAAUAAAAACCAUCUGUAUUGAGACGGGUAUACAAAAUACUGGGAUUCCCAUUUUACUCAUGAAAGUAUCGUUGAUGCAACCUGAUUCAGAUCUGUCAAUCGUGGCACCCAUUGCGUCAAGCUGUUUCACUCCAAUUCCUCUUUGGAUAGCAGUCGCUUGUUAUGAGAUCAAAAAACGAUGUUUUGAUAAAAAGAAGGAUUUUGAACCAGUUCUGAAUGAUGAGGAAAUUAAUGUCCUGCAUAAUGAUGAGACUGAUAUCAGUGGAAAACUUGAGAUGAAUGGUGAAGUCACUGAAAAUAACAGAGAGUUGAAACCUCUUAGUUAAAAUCUGAGGUGUAGUUUUACAGUAAAACCUGUGUAAGUUGGUUUUAAAUAGUUCCAGGUUUUACAGAACUUGUAUAUAAUUUUAGUAUUGUAUAUGAUUUUAGUCUUAAAGGUAAACAAUCAUUUGCUUUGGAAAUUCCUUGGAGGGGAUGCAUGACUAGCUGUAGAUCUGUACACUAAAGAUAUAUUAAUGUAUCCCAUACUUAAUUGAUAUGUACUGAUAUCAAACAAAUAUGGGUGAAAAUUGCAACAUAACGCUAUGUACUUUUUGGGAUUUGUGUGUAAGUAAUGGUUGUAAGAUCAAAAGGCAAAGAAUUGCUCAUCUUUUCAAACUAUACACAAUAUUUAAAAAUGCAAGAACAUUUACUAUGUGUUAUGAAACAGGGUGGUCAAAA